AUGUCAAGCUGUAGUAAUAUUCAAAGUUGUUCAAAAGAUGAGGAUUUAUUGGUUUUAUCAUCAGAAGAAUCUUGUGACGAGACGGAUCUUCCAAUUGAGAAAACUGCAUUAAAAAGAUUGGCAAUAAUUGAUACUUUAAAUUUAAUUCAUCAAUGUGCUUUUUUGAGUCCAUUUGCAAAAACACAUAAUCAAAAAUGUGAUGCAAUUGCUGUUUUAUUGUUAGCAAGAAAUUUAUUGAGGGAAACGUUUGACUUGAAGCUUUAUAUUCCAGAUUCUUAUAUGACUGGAGUAAAUAGAGAAAAAGUUGCUAAUCAUUUUAUUCUCGAGGAAAUGCAGAAACUUGGCUAUUUGGGAACAAUAACAGACCAUUCUCACGACGAUUUAAUUUUAUUAGAAUAUGCAAAAUGUACUGGAGGAUUUAUAAUUUCAAAUGACAAAUAUAGAGAUCACGACCAAAUUUAUUCGACAAAAACAAAAGACAAAGCCAGUUUAGACGUUAUGAGGGAAAGAAUUGUUCGAUAUAAAUUUAAGCCUUGUAAUGUAGAAAAAUUGAAAAAAGGGAAAAAUAGUUUGUGUACAUCGACUCAUGGAAGGGGAUUUUUGGGGAUUGAUAUUGUUUUACAGCCUCCAUCUUUGAAAGCAAUGUUCUCUUGGGAUAGAGAUUCUGAUCCUACUUUUGGAGUAGUUUUUCGUGAGCGAGCUUAUCGAAGUCAAAGAAAGACUGAAAAGGCUAUUGAAGUGUUGGAUAUUAUGUGUGAAUAUUUUAGAUUGGACUUUUGUUUCUUCCACUCGCUAGAUCCAGAACCUCUACCCUGGUUUGAUCCUCAAGUUAAUGCUCUUGUUUCUUUCGAGGGUUUUUGGCAUCGAUAUAUUAAUUAUAUAGAUGAGAAACAAAGAAGAGAAAAUCAACAAAAACGAGAAGAUUGGUAAGAGAAGAAUGGUUUGGGGGAAUUUUAAAUGAAGAAAAUAUAUUU